AGCGCAAGGGAAGAGGGAGGCGAAGGGAAAAGUUGCCAGUGGCCGGAGCGGGCGCCCGGCGGCCCAGCCAGACAAAGGGCCGGACCCUGUGCGCGGGCCGGGAUCCCGGGAGCAGGACGGGCUGGGACUGCGGACCCGGCUGCGCCCCGAGGCGGAACAUGGGUCCCCGGCAGCGGCUCCCCGGGGCGCACCGCUCGCUGCUGCUGCUGCUGGCUGCGCUCCUGCGGGUCUCCCAUGCUGCCCAGGGGCUGAACGAAGCCUCCUUCCCUGAGGAUACAGAGUCUGACCCAGCGGGCACACCCUGGUGGAGUGACGCCAAUCUCUCCGAUGACGAAGACAUGCUGGCAGAUGAGGCCUCUGGAGAUGGCAACGGCAGCGGGAGAACGGCAGUGGGAUCGCACUGCCCGACAUGGUGCUGUCCCCAGCCAGACGCCGAGCGUCACACUCUUGUCAAUGGCCCAACCAGGUGCAGCAGGGCAGCCCCACUGGCGGGUAUGACUGUGGCUGACCCAGACGAUGAGGCCCCGCUCAUCUACUUCCGCGCUCUGGUGAAUUUCACCCAGUCCAUUGACUACAGCCCACGGCUGGAUGACGCCAAUUCGGAGGAGUUCCGGGAGGUUUCGGAGGCCGUGGUGGAUACGCUGGAGUCCGAGUACUACAAGAUUGGUGGGGAGCAGGUGGUCAGCGUUGUGUUCAUCAAGGAAAUCGACGGCUAUACCUUUGUGGAGCUGGAUGUGGGCUCAGAGGGGAACCUGGAUGAGGGGGAGAUCCGCGAGGUGCUCUACUCUGUCAUUGAGAGCGGCUCCAUUGCCUCCUACAUCACCUCCACGCAGGGCUUCCAGUUCCGGCGCCUCGGGGCAGUGCCCCCGGAUGUGCGUGCCUGCACCGGGGAGGAGUUUGCCUGCAGCAGCGGGGAGUGCAUCGACAAGGAAUUCCGCUGCGACCGCCGCCCUGACUGCCGCGACAUGUCGGACGAACUGAACUGCGGUAGAAUGGAUCCGCAGGAAGUGGUGAGCCCCCCACCCCCACCCAUCACCACUGCUCAGCCGGCCACCACCCGGACACCCACAACCACCCCCUGGACGCCCAUGGUCACUACCAGGAGGGUGCCGUUCACCACGCCCCCCCGGCUCAUCACCUCCAGGCACCCGCCGGUUUGGCACCCCUUGGAGCUGCACCCCUGCCGCCGGGAUGAGGCCGUCUGCUCCAACAAGCAGUGCAUCCCCCGAGACUACCUGUGCGACGGCGAGCAGGACUGCCUGGAUGGGAGCGACGAGCUCAGCUGCGGCACCCCUACCCCGUGCGAGCCCAACGAGUUCCAGUGCCGGAACGGGCACUGCGCCCUGAAGCUGUGGCGCUGCGACGGGGACAACGACUGUGUGGACGGCUCCGACGAGGUGGACUGCCCCACCAAGGGCCCCUAUGACACCUGCAGCCCCUACCAGUUCUCCUGCGUGUCCAGCCGCACCUGUAUCCCAGCCAGCUACCAGUGCGACGAGGAGGCUGACUGCCCCGACCGCUCCGACGAGGUCGGCUGCACACCGCCGCAAGUCAUCACGCCCCCCGAGGAGUCUGUGCAGGCCACCCCCGGGCAGACAGUGCGUUUCCACUGCGUGGCCGUCGGUGUGCCCACCCCCAUCAUCACCUGGAGACUCAACUGGGGCCACAUACCUGCCAACAGGAGAGUGUCCAUAAGCAGCGAGAACGGUCACGGAACGCUGACCAUCCGGGACGUGAAGGAGGCCGACCAGGGUGCCUACACUUGUGAAGCCAUCAAUGCCCGGGGCAUGGUAUUUGGGAUCCCUGAUGGUGUGCUGAGCCUCACGCCCCGGCGUGGUCCCUGCCCCGAAGGAUACUUCCAUGUUGAAGGUACGUCCAAGUGCCUGCCCUGCUUCUGCUUUGGCAUCACCACGGCUUGCCAUGGCACCAGCCGCUACCGGGACCAGAUCCGCCUGCGCUUCGACACGCCUGAUGACUUCAAGGGUGUGAACGUGACAACACCAGCGCAGCCGGGGACGCUGCCCCUCUCUUCCACACAGCUCCAGAUCGACCCGGCCCUGCAGGAGUUCCAGCUCGUGGACCUGUCCAGGAGGUUCCUGACACACGACUCCUUCUGGACAUUGCCCAGCCAGUUCCUGGGCAACAAGGUGGACUCCUACGGCGGGUACCUCAGCUUCAAGGUGCGCUAUGGGCUGGCGCGCGGCCAGUCAGAGCCCGUGCAGAAGUCCAACGUGGUGAUUGUGGGGAAUGGGCAGAAGCUCAUCUACCGGGUACAGGUGCCCACCCAGCCGUCGGUCGUCAACCAGCGCCAGAUUCACUUCACAGAGGAGAACUGGCAGCAGGAGUCGGGCGCCCCGGUGAGCCGGGAGAUGCUACUCCUGGCUCUGCAGAACCUGGAGAGCAUCCUGGUACAGACGGUCUACGACAACAAGAUGGCGAGCGUGGGGCUGAGUGACAUUGCCAUGGACACCACCACCGUGGAGCUCACCAGCCAGGGCGUGGCACAGGGCGUCGAGGAGUGCAGGUGCCCCAUCGGCUACUCGGGCCUGUCCUGCGAGAGGUGCGAUGCCCGGUUCAAGCGGGUACGGGAGGGCCCCUACCUCGGCACCUGCUCUGGCUGCAACUGCCACGGGCACUCCAGCUCCUGUGACCGGGUCUACGGCUACUGUCUGAACUGCCAGCACAACACAGAGGGGCCUCAGUGUAACAAGUGCAAACCUGGCUUCUUUGGAGAUGCCACCAGAGGCAACGCCACAGCCUGUCGGCCCUGCCCCUGCCCCUACACUGACCCUGCGCGCAGGUUCUCCGACACGUGCUUUCUGGACACAGACGGCCAGGCCACAUGCGACGCCUGUGCCCAGGGCUACACAGGGCGACGCUGUGAGAGCUGUGCCCGUGGCUAUGAAGGGAACCCCAUGCAGCCGGGUGGGAGUUGCGUGCGAACCAGCCAGGAGAUCAUACAGUGUGACGAGAGGGGGAGCAGUGACUCCACAGGAGGCGCCUGCCGCUGUAAGCCCAACGUGGCGGGACAUCUCUGCAACGAGUGCACGUCUGGAGCCUUCCACCUGAGCGAGCAGAACCCCGAUGGCUGCCUGAAGUGCUUCUGCAUGGGGGUGUCCCAGCAGUGUGCCAGCUCCUACUGGAACAGAGAGCAGGUGCGGGCCCUGGAUGGUGAGCGGGCGCACUUCAGCCUGGCCAACCUGGCCAACACCCGCACGGUCAGCGAGGGCAUCCGCUCCCCCGGCCAUGCUGAGUUGGCCUUUUCCGCCUUCAACACCCUGCCCCGCGAUGUCUACUACUGGGUGCUGCCUGACCGCUUCAAGGGAGACAAGGUGACCUCAUAUGGUGGGGAGCUGCACUACACCGUUACACACAGCGCGGCGCCCGGCGCCCAGCCCCUGCCGGGCCAGCCCGACGUGCGUCUGCGUGGCAACGGCAUCUUCCUGGAGCACUUCGCCAAGGCCGGCCCCCUGCCACGGACCCCCACCCGAUUCACAGUCCCCUUCCUUGAGCGUGCUUGGCGUCGAGCUGAUGGGCAGGAUGCCACGCGGGAGCACCUGUUGAUGGCGCUGGCCGAUAUCGACCUUUUCAUGAUCCGGGCAUCGUACAUGGACAGGCCAGCGGAGAGCAGGCUCUCCAACAUCCACAUGGACGUGGCCGUGCCCCAUGCCACUGGCCUGGAGCGGGCAGUGGAGGUGGAGGAGUGCACCUGUCCCCCUGGCUACCGCGGCCCUUCCUGUCAGGACUGCGACGUGGGCUAUGCUCGCACCUCCAGCGGCCUCUACCUGGGUACAUGUGAGCGCUGCGACUGCAGCGGGCACUCGGGCGAGUGUGAUGCCGAGACGGGAGACUGCCAGAACUGCCAGGACAACACCGAGGGCACCAGGUGCGAACGCUGCCAGCCAGGUUACUAUGGCGACGCCCGACAAGGGACCCCAACAGACUGCCAGCCCUGCCCAUGCCACGGACCAUAUGCCACCAGCCAGGCCACGAAAACCUGCUUCUUGGACAUGGACGGACAGCCCACAUGUGAUGCCUGCACCGCAGGCUACGUGGGCCGCCAGUGCCAGAGGUGCGCUGCUGGCUAUGUGGGGAACCCCAGCCUGGGACAGCCCUGCAGAGAGCUCAACAGAAACUGCAGCUGUGACCCACAAGGCAGCGUGAGCAGGCAGUGUGAUGCCAGGGGGCAGUGCCAGUGUAAGCCCCACGUGGAGGGUCCCUCCUGCAGCAGCUGCCGUGCCAACCAUUUCCACCUGAGCACCGAGAACCGCGAGGGUUGUCUGCCCUGCUUCUGCAUGGGUGUGACCCAGCAGUGUACCAGCUCCUCCUACUACCGGGGCCUGGUCACGAGCCCCUUCCUGCCGGGCGACUUCCAGAACUUCGCCCUGGUGAACCGUCAGCACAGCACCCGCAUUGUGACUGGCUUCGCCGUGGAGCUGUCAGCCGAGGGGCCGCAGCUCUCCUUCGGGCGCUUUGGCCAGCUGGGCCAGGAGUCCUACUACUGGCAGCUGCCAGAGCCCUACCAAGGAGACAAGGUUGGCUCCUACGGUGGGCGGCUGCGCUACACCCUCUCCUACAGCUCUGGGGGGAGGAGUGCCCCGCUGCCUGAUGCCGACGUGCAGAUCACGGGCAAUGACAUCACACUGGUGGCUUACCAGCCUGAGCUGCUCCCGCGCAACCGGCGGAGCUUUGAGAUCAUCUUCCGGGAGCAAUACUGGAAGCGGCCCGACGGGCAGCAUGCCACCCGGGAGCACCUGAUGAUGGCGCUGGCCGACCUGGACGAGAUCCUCAUCCGCGCCACCUACUCCACCGACAUGGUGUCGGCCAGCAUUGCUGGCAUCAGCAUGGAGACCGCCGUGCCCACCUACAGCAGCCUGCCGCUGGCGCUGGAGGUGGAGGAGUGCCGCUGCCCACCUGGGUACCAAGGCCUCUCUUGCCAGGACUGUGCUGCUGGCUACACUCGCACCGGGGGUGGCCUGUACCUUGGGCACUGUGAGCUGUGUGAGUGCAAUGGCCACUCGGACUCUUGCCACCCGGAGACGGGGACCUGCUCGAACUGCUUACACAACACGGCCGGGGAGUUCUGCGAGCAGUGUGCCCAUGGCUACUACGGUGAUGCCACCACCGGGACCCCCGAGGACUGCCAGCCUUGCGCCUGCCCACUGUCCGAGCCUGAGAACCAGUUCUCGCGGACGUGUGAGAGCCUAGGAGGGGGCGGCUAUCGCUGUUCGGCCUGCGAGCCCGGCUACACCGGCCAGUACUGUGAGCAAUGUGCGCCAGGCUAUGUGGGGAACCCCAGCGUGCAGGGGCAGAAGUGUGUGCCUGUGGACCGAGCCCCUUUCAUGGUACGAGUCCACCCACCAAAGACCACGGUGUCACAGGGUGGAGAGGUGACCCUGCGCUGCCAGGCCAGCGGCAGCCCGCCCUACUACUACUCCUGGUCGCGGGAGGAUGGGCGCCCCGUGCCCAGCACUGCCCAGAGCAGACGGCAAGGUGAAGAGCUCCACUUCCCCAGCAUCCAGCCUUCCGAGGCUGGGGUUUACGUCUGCACCUGCCGCAGCCUGCAGCACAGCAAUUCCAGCCGGGCGGAGGUCAUUGUCACAGAGGCCCCCAGCAAACCCAUCACGGUGACCGUGGAGGAGAAGAGGGUCCAGAGUGUGAAGCCUGGAGCUGACGUUACCUUCAUCUGUACAGCCAAGAGCAAGUCUCCAGCCUACACACUGGUCUGGACACGCCAGAACCACGGCAAACUGCCACGCCGCGCCAUGGAUUUCAACGGCAUCCUCACCAUCCGCAACGUGCAGCCUGAGGACGCCGGCGUCUAUGUCUGCACCGGCUCCAACAUGCUGGACAUGGCUGAGGGCAUGGCCACAUUGCAUGUGCAAGCCCCUCCUAAGACCCAGAUGUUUUAUGGACCCAUCGAAGUCAUGGAAGGCCACAGACCCUCUGCCACUGCCGUCCUGCCCACGGCCACCAUCGAGCCAGCACAGCUGACGGUCCAGCCAGGCCAGCCGGCUGAGUUCCACUGCAUUGCCAGCGGGAGCCCCCCGCCCACUGUGGAGUGGAUCGGAGGACAGGCUGGUGUCAUGUCCCGCAAGGCUGUGAUCCAGGGAGGGACCCUGCGCUUCCCCGCUGUGGAGCCCUCGGACGAGGCGGAGUAUCUGUGCCGUGUGCGAAGCAGCGCUGGGCAGCACGUGGCCCGGGCCUUCCUGCAAGUGCACAGUGCCAGCGUGCCGCAGGUGCAGGUGAGCCCAGAGCGGACAGAGGUGCAGGAGGGCAGCACAGUGAGACUGUACUGCAGGGCUGCCGGCUCCCCCACUGCCACCAUCACCUGGGAGAAGCAAGGGGGCAGCCUCCCGCCCCAGUCCCGCUCGGAGCGCACCGACAUCGCCACUCUGGUGAUCCCCUCCAUCACGGCCGCUGACAGUGGGGUCUACCUGUGCAUCGGGACCAGCCCAGCUGGUGUCGGCAGUGCCAGGAUCGAGGUGGUGGUGCUACGAGCCUCGGGCGUGGUGCCUCCCAUCCGGAUCGAGGCCUUGUCAUCUUCCAUUGCUGAAGGACAGACCCUGGAUCUGAAAUGCCUCGUCACGGGCCAGGCGCCAGCCACAGUGACGUGGUACAAGCGAGGGGGCUCUCUGCCAGCCAGACACCAGGUACAGCUGUCUCCGGCUCCCAACCUACGCAUCUCUCAGGUCUCGGCGGCCGACUCGGGUGAGUACGUCUGCCGCGUGAGCAUUGGUGCCAAACUCCCCACUGCUCCAGCCUGGCUUUUGGUGAUGUGCCGCUCUUGGCUCUACCCCUCCCUCUCUGUUCUUCCAGCCCCCCCCAUCCACAUUGAGUCCUCCUCUUCCGCCGUCACUGAGGGACAGUCCUUGGACCUGAAGUGCCUCGUCACAGGCCAGUCGCCAGCCACAGUCAUGUGGUACAAGCGGGGAGGCUCCCUGCCGGAAGGCCACCAGGUCUCCGGCUCCCACCUGCGGCUGGUCCGGGUCUCGGUGGCCGACUCGGGUGAGUACGUCUGCCGCGUCAGCACCAGUGCUGGUAUCCAGGAGACCUCCAUCAUCGUCACCAUCUACCGUGCCACCGGCUCACCCUACUCCUCGGGCAUCGAACCCCCUGUCCGCGUCGAGUCUUCCUCGUCCUCCAUCUCUGAGGGACAGACCCUGGACCUGCAGUGCCUCGUCACGGGCCAGGCGCCAGCCACAAUCACGUGGUACAAGCGGGGGGGCUCCCUGCCAGCCAGUCACCAGGUCUCCGGCUCCUACCUGCGCAUCCCCCAAGUCUUGGCAGCCGAUGCCGGCGAGUACGUCUGCCGCGUCAGCACUGGCACCAUGGUCCAAGAAGCCUCCGUCAUUGUCACCAUCAGCAGCACCGGGUCUUCCUACUCCUCGGGCAUGCGCCCCCCAAUUUGGAUAGAGCAAUCGUCAUCCUCCGUCACCGAGGGACAGACCCUGGACCUGAAGUGCCUCGUCACAGGCCAGGCACCAGCCACAGUCACGUGGUACAAGCGGGGGGGCUCUCUGCCGGCGGACCACCAGCUCUCCGGCUCACACCUGCGGCUGGUCCAGGUCUCGGCGGCUGACUCGGGCGAGUAUGUCUGCCGCGCCGGCACUAAGGAGGCCUCUGUCCUCGUCACCAUCCAGCAGAGCAGCAGGAUCUCCUAUCCCUCAGGAGUCACCCCACCAGUGAGGAUCGAAUCUUCCUCGUCCUCUGUUGCCGAGGGACAGACCUUGGACCUGAACUGCCUCGUCGCAGGCCAGGUGCAGCCCAGAGUCACAUGGCACAAGCGGGGGGGCUCCCUGCCAGCCAGCCACCAGGUCUCUGGCUCCCGCCUGCGCAUCCCCCAGGUCUCGGCGGCCGACUCGGGCGAGUACAUCUGCCGCGUCAGCACCGGUGCCAUCACCCAGGAGACCUCGCUCAUCGUCACCAUCCAGGGCGGUGCCGGCUCUUCCUACUCUCUGGGCGUCACCCCUCUGGUGAGGAUCGAGACCUCUUCCGCGUCCAUUGCCGAGGGACAGACCUUGGACCUGAACUGCAUGGUCGCAGGGCAGGCACAGCCCAGAAUCACAUGGUACAGGCGGGAGGGCUCCCUGCCAGCCAGUAGCCAGGUCUCUGGCUCCCACCUGCGCAUCCCCCAGGUCUCAGCUGCCGACUCGGGCGAGUACAUCUGCCAUGUCAACAAUGGUGCUGGCCCCCUGGAGGCCUCUGUCAUCGUCACCAUCCCCCACAGUGCUGGCUUCUUGUACCCCUCAGGCAUGGCACCCCCUGUCCGGAUUGAGUCUUCCUCAUCCUCCAUCGCCGAGGGACAGACCUUGGACCUGAACUGCCUCGUCGCGGGCCAGGCACAGCCCAGAGUCACGUGGUACAAGCGGGGGGGCUCCCUGCCAGCCAGUCACCAGGUCUCCGGCUCCCGCCUGCGCAUCCCCCAGGUCUCGGCGGCCGACUCGGGCGAGUACGUCUGCCGCGUCAGCACAGGCGCCGUCACCCAGGAGGCAGCUCUUGUCAUCACCAUCGAGGACAGCACCAGCCCAUCUUACUCCUCGGGCAUGGCGCCCCCCAUCCGGAUCGAGUCUUCCUCGUCCUCCGUCACUGAGGGACAAACCCUGGAGCUGCAGUGCCUCAUUGCGGGCCAGGCGCCAGCCAUAGUCACAUGGUACAAGCGGGGGGGCUCCCUGCCGGCCAGUCACCAGGUCUCCGGCUCCCGCCUGCGGCUGGUCCAGGUCUCUGCAACUGACUCAGGAGAAUAUGUCUGCCGUGUCAGCACCAGUGCCGGCCCCCGCGAGGCCUCCAUCACUGUGAGCGUCCCCUCUGGCACCAGCUCCUCCUACCGUCUGCAGAGCCCCAUCAUCUCCAUCGAGCCGCACAGCACUGCUGUGCGCCAGGGCGAGGAUGCCACCUUCAAGUGCCGCAUCCACGGUGGUGCCCGGCCCAUCAAUAUCACCUGGAAGAUGGCCCCAAAGCAGCAUCUGCAAGACAAUGUGAAGAUCAGCCCCAAUGGCUCAGUGAUCACCAUCUCCAGGGCUCGCCCCAGCAACCAGGGAGCCUAUCGCUGUGUGGCCUCCAACCGCUACGGAGUAGCUAACAGUGUGGUUAACUUAAUGGUGCAAGGCUCUCCUACAGUAUCCGUGAUGCCCAAGGGCCCCGUGACGGUGAAGGCAGGCAAGUCCAUCAGCCUGGAUUGCCUUGGCAUGGGCGACCCGCGCCCUCUUGUUCGCUGGAGCCGCUUGGGCAUGAGGCAGAAACUCGAGCACCAGAAGCUGUUGCCCCUGGAGAGCCAAGCAGUGCUGCAGAUCUUGGCAGCCAAGCCUGAAGAUGCUGGCACCUACAUCUGCAUGGCCCAGAACUCCAUCGGCUCUGCACAGGUCCAAGUGGAGGUGAGUGUGGAAGCUGCCAAUGGAAAGCCUGGCGCCCCUGAGAUCACAGUGAAGCCGACCCUGACAGUGGUAGCUGGAGAAACCGCCACCCUCCAGUGCUCUGCUACAGGCGACCCGCCUCCCAGCAUCCAGUGGUCCAAACUGAGGGCCCCGCUGCCCUGGCAGCAUCGGGUGGUGAAUAACACUCUGCUCAUCCCCCGCGUGGCCCAGCAGGACUCAGGCCAGUACAUCUGCAACGCCAGCAAUGCUGCCGGCUUCACCGAGGCUUUCGUCACACUGGACGUGGAGACACCCCCAUAUGCCACCAUCCUGCCUGAGGAGGUCUCGGUGGCGGCAGGCGAGGCGGUGCGGCUGCAAUGCCUGGCCCAUGGCACACCACCCCUGCGCUACCAGUGGAGCAAGACCAAUGGCAGCCUCUCCAGCAACGCCGUCCUGCGGGAGAGUGCCCUGCACAUCAGCCCGACUGCGCCCGAGGACUCAGGGACCUACCGCUGCCUUGUCAGCAACCGGGUGGGCUCAGCAGAGACCUUCGCCCAGGUCAGCGUCCAGGGAUCAGCCCCCAGCGCCUCCCCGACCGUGCGAGUCACACCCCAGACGGUCGUGAAGGGCGUGGGCGGCAUGGCCGAGUUCACCUGCUCCGUCACCGGAGAUGCCCGGGCGCGGAUCGAGUGGUUCAGGGAGGGUGGGGAGCUGCCCGCCAGCCACAGCGUGCGGAACGGGGUGCUGCGAAUCCAGAACUUGGAUCGUGGUUGCCAGGGGGUUUACACCUGCCGAGUAAGCAGCCCCUCCGGGCAGGCCCAGGACAGCGCAAGGCUGGUGAUCCAGGCUCUGCCCAAGGUUAUGAUCAACAUGCGCACCUCGGUGCAGUCUGUGCUGGUGGGCGCGGCAGUGGAGUUCGAGUGCCUGGCCAUCGGGGACCCCAAGGCGCACAUCACCUGGAGCAAGGUGGGCAGCCGCAUUCGCCCCGAGGUGGUCAUCAGUGGUGGGAUGGUGAAGAUCGAGCGGGUGGAGCAAUCGGACGCGGGGCAGUACCGCUGCACCGCCACCAACGACGUGGGCACCGUGCAGUCCAACGUCAUCCUGCACGUGCAGUCCAUCCCCCAGAUUGCAGCUCAGCCGGAGAUCAGGGAGGUCACCACAGGGUCGAAGGCAGUAUUCCCAUGCCUGGCGUCUGGCUUCCCCGUCCCAGAGAUCAAGUGGACCAAGCUGGAAGGAGACCUCCCAAAAGACAUUUGUCUGGAGAACAACGUCUUGACCAUUCCAUCUGUGAAACCAGAAGAUGCCGGGAUCUAUGUCUGCACGGCAUCGAACAGGCAAGGGAAGGUGACGGCCUUCUCCAUGCUCAAAGUCCGAGAGCGGGUGGUGCCAUAUUUUACUCAGAAUCCUCAGACCUUCCUUGCCUUGCCCACCAUCAAGGACGCCUACAAGAAGUUUGAAAUCCAGAUCACCUUCCGGCCAGACACUGCUGAUGGGAUGCUGCUGUACAAUGGGCAGAAGAAGAGCACCGGCGCUGACUUUGUGUCCUUUGGUCUGGUGGGAGGCCGCCCGGAAUUCAGAUUUGACGCCGGCUCAGGCAUGGCCACGAUUCGGCACCCGGCGCCAAUCCGACUUGGGGAGUUUCACACUGUCUGGCUAUACCGGAACCUCACCCAGGGCUCCCUGGUGCUGGACAGCCACCCUCCUGUCAACGGCACAUCCCAGGGUAAAUUCCAAGGGCUGGAUCUGAACGAGGAGCUGUACCUCGGCGGCUAUCCCGACUACAUCGCCAUCGCCAAAUCCGGCCUCAGCAGCGGCUUUGUGGGCUGUGUACGCCAGUUGCUGGUCCAGGGCGAGGAGGUGAUCUUUAAAGAUCUGGACUUGAAAGCUCAUGGUGUUUCCAACUGCCCCACAUGCCGGGACCGGCCAUGUCAGAAUGGAGGUGUCUGCAGGGACUCGGAGAGCAGCAGCUACGUGUGCCACUGUCCGCAGGAAUUCACGGGGAGCAACUGUGAACAUUCGCAGGCGCUGCAUUGCCACCCAGAGGCCUGCGGACCGGAUGCCACCUGCAUUAACCGUGCAGACGGGCAGGGCUACCGCUGCCGCUGCCACCUGGGCAAGUCUGGGGAGACGUGCAUGGAAGGCAUCAUGGCGACCACUCCUUCCUUCAAUGGCAGCGACUCAUUCAUCUCCUACCCGCCCCUCACCAACAUCCACUAUGAGCUGCGCCUCGACACAGAGUUCAAGCCGCUCUCCCCCGACGGCCUCAUCAUGUUCAGCGGGGGCACAGGCGCCCCCGUGGAGGAUUUCGUCUCACUGGCCAUGGCCAGCGGGCACGUGGAGUUCCGCUACGAGCUGGGCUCAGGCAUGGCUGUGCUCCGGAGCACAGAGCCACUCGCCCUGGGCCAGUGGCACAAAGUCUCAGCAGAACGGAUCAACAAGGAUGGCACCCUGCAGGUGGACAGCAGCAAGCCGGUGAAGAGAUCCUCCCCGGGGAAAAGCCAGGGGCUCAACCUCCGCACGCCCAUGUACCUGGGCGGGGUGGACAAAUCCGUCACUCUGCCUGCAGCCGCCAGCAUCAGCUCCAGCUUCCAUGGCUGCAUUGGGGAGAUGUCGAUCAAUGGGAAGAAGGUGGACAUCUCCUACAGCUUCCUGGAGAGCCGGGGCGUCACCCAGUGCUAUGACAGCUCACCCUGCGACCGCAGGCCCUGCCUGCACGGCGCCACCUGCAUGCCCACCGGCGAGUACGAGUUCCAGUGCCUGUGCCAGGAUGGCUUCCGAGGUGAGCGCUGCGAGCUCUCUGAGGAUCAGUGCCUGCUCAGGAACCCCUGCCUGAACGAUGGGAAGUGCAAGGCAAACCAGUGCCUAUGCCCAGCCGGCUUCUCGGGGACGUACUGCGAGCAGGGCCCAGUCCCGGCGGCGCUGGACCGUGAGUGGGCCCUGGAGGGCAGCGGGGGAAACGACGCCCCAGGCCAGUACGGAGCCUACUUCCAGGAUGGCGGCUACCUUGCACUCCCCCGGCACGUGCUGCCCCGCAGUCACCCCAAGUCUCCAGAGACCAUUGAGCUGGAAGUGCGCACGCGCUCCCUGAAUGGCCUCCUCCUGUGGCAGGGCGUGGAGGAAGGGCAGAACGGCAAAGCCAAGGACUUCAUCAGCCUCGGCCUGAGAGAUGGACACCUGGUGUUCAGUUACCAGCUGGGCAGCGGCGAAGCCAACAUCGUCUCUGAGGACCCCAUCAACGAUGGAGAGUGGCACAGAGUGACAGCCAUUCGGGAAGGCAGGCGGGGCUCCAUUCAGGUGGACGGCGAGGAGCUGGUGAGUGGGGAGUCGCCGGGCAGCAACGUCAUGGUGAACACCCAAGGCAGCGUGUACAUAGGAGGCGCUCCUGACAUCCAAGCCCUGACCGCCGGCAAGUUCCGCUCAGGAAUCACAGGGUGCCUUAAAAACCUGGUGCUGAGCAGCGAGCCAGGCCAGCCGCCCCAGCAGCCCAUUGACUUGCAGCAUCACUCGGAGGCGGGAGUUAACAUGCAGGAGUGCCCCUCAUAGGCUGGCCGCCGCCUGCCCCGCGUCCGCAGGCCAAUCGUGGGACGUUGGCUGUUUUAUUAUUACGAUGAUUCACUUUUUUAAAGAAACCCAGAGGAAAAUGGUGCUUUGCUGCUACCCCAGACCAGUGGGGGAUGGGUUUGUUUGUGAUUGGUGCAUGGCAGCAGGGGGGCAGCCACGCCUCCUGCCAGCCCCAUGGGAACUUCAGAACUGAGACGGUGGAUUCAACCCAACCGCACUGGGCCCAGGGCCAUAGAGAGCCGGGAACCUAACCCAGUGCCAGCCCUCUCCACGUCCUGCCCCACAAGGGCCCCACAGGAUGGGGAGCUCCCCCCUCUGCCUUCCGGCUUCAGUGCUCAGAGCAUGUUACCCCGAGCUGGGCAGGAAGGAGGGUGGCAGCUGGCUCUGCUGUGCCCCAUGCCCGCUAUGGGACGGGGGGGGCUGGGGAGAGGGGCAGGCAGGGCAUCUUUUCUCCUUUGGGGAGGGACAGGAUCUACAUUCAUCCUCCAGAGUUAGGUGAGUGAGCUCAAAGUCACAGCCUGCCUUACAGGUGGCACGCCUCACCCUGCUCGGUGAGAGCCUGCACCCUCUCUCCAGGAGCAGUGAGGGGGCAGGCGGGGGGCUCCCAGCCUGGUCACCCCUCCCGCUCCAUUCCCUGGGCAGCACUACAGGGGCCAGCAGGCCGGGGCAGGAGUUCCCACCAGGAUCUGUCUGUUUACACUGUGGCCAUCCCCGUUGCCUCAGCCACGCUCCAACCCCCGCAUGGUGGCUGCCCCAAGCCCCUAGCUGGGGCUGUCUCCCUAGAGCCUCACCCGAAGGGUCGUGAUGCGGAGCAGGAGGGCGGGGCAGGCCCUGGGAGCGACCACAGCUCAUGCUGCAGGGUACCCUGGCCGGCAUCCUGCAUGCACGGCUGGGGGCCCAUGCAUAAGGGCAGCCCCACGGCUUGCUCAGGUGCUGGUGGCAGGGGCAUCCCAUGGCCAGAGGCUGUUACGUGUUCCUGUGGGCAGCGAGCAGACACGCCCCCCUCCCCCCAAAAAAGAUCAUUCCUCCCCGCUCAGACGUGCGGACAGAUGCAAGUGCCUUACUAGCAGCAGGACCCUCUGGGGGCCGGGCUACCCCUAUUCACCCAACAACCAUUGGGCAGACACUUAAAAGCUGCCCGCCCGUUCCCCGCCCUGCCCUGCCUGGCUGGGGGGCGUUCCCUGCUCUGGAGCCGUCUGCUCACAGGACAAUCUUCGUUCGCUGCUCUUGCCGGCUCUGCCAGGUCCAGAUCUAAGCACUUACCCAGUGCCAGGCCCUGCGAAUUGCACCACCAACUGCACUGGCUGGAGCCUGCCCAGCAUCACGGCUCCUUUUUCACCACCAGCGUCACUUUGUGGGACAGAGACGACUCGGCCUAGGCAGUGGCAGGCCAGGCAGAACAGCCCACUGCAAAGAGCCCUUCGCCCCAGCCCACCACCGGCUCCCUGAGCAGAACUGAGGGCUCCAAGGGCACCUGUUCGAACAGAGCCCAGCAAACGUCACCGCUCUGCCUGGGGUGACGUCCCACCCAGGGCGAGGCACCAGCAUAUGGCACGGCUCCCGCUGCCUUGCAUUGCCCGUCUGCCCAGGGCAGCUGCCACCCCAGAGAACAGCAGGGAGCCAGGCUGCUUGUGUUCCUGCCGUUCAGACGGCGCCGUUAAUGCACCCGACCCCAGACCACGUCCGACUUGUGCUGUUUCACUGGAUUCCUAUUAAACGACAAAUAACGCCUGA